AUGCUGAAAACAGAGUUACCGGUUCUUGAGUAUACAACAAACCCAAGGGUAAAAGAUAAAAUUAUCAGCGGAGAUAAUAUGGAGCUCGUACAUGACUCCUUAAAAAUAAAAGAUACUCCACCAGUCCAGUCACCAGGAACUAGAUACAUCCACUGCGGUCCAUCCAGUGAGCAGAACAGAAAAAUAAACAAAACAGUAAAUCGGUGA